UGACUAUCUUACGGUAUUAAUUACCACCGUCCACAACUCGCUGCGGCUGUGUACAUAAUUGCAAACCAAAUAAAUAGCACGAACUUCAUUUGAAUCUCUGUCUCCUCACAUUGGAUAACUUCACCCUCAAUCGCAACAGUUACUGUUAAUCAUCUCACAACUCUACAAACAACAUGUCUUCUCUACUCUCGAAGUCGUUUGAUGCACUAAAGAUCUCGACUUCGGAUUCAAUCAAACAACGACGGAUUAAAAUGUCCUCCGAUUUGCGGAGCAACACUGCCCAGAAGAAUUGCCCGAUCGCAAUGCCAAAUGCUAUCAAACCAAUGCCAUUCCUACGAGCAUACGAACACCUUGUGGAUUUAACAGGCAUCAAUAAUUUAGACCCUGUCACUUGCUUUAAUCCCAAGGGUGGCUCAGUGCCUCCCGAGUGGAUCGCUGUGUAUGACGGUGACUACGACGACGUGCUCUCCGACGAAGAAAUUCUGGCCUUUCAAAUUCAGACAGUUUACGUGCUCACUGUGUGCUCGGAUGAAGAAGACUGCUUUGAAGAGCGUCCUAGUCAAGAACAGAUGGACUACAUCACCAAGUUGGUCGGGCAUGGACCCCAGUGGUGGAUGCGUUGUAGGAGAGUAUAUUGAGUGCGAGUGGCGAAGAGUUAGAACGAGAAACAGCCUCGAGCUUUCAUAUGUAAAUUGUAUGCAGUAUUACUUGUAUAUAACCCAGGCGUCAUCAUGAUGCAUCAAGCACGCGACUUAGUAUAGAGCCGAAUGCCAGGGCCUGAGGACGAC